UGUGAAGUAAGUUAUUUACGAGUCAAAUGAACAAUCCUUGAAUUAUACCGUUAUUAACUAACAUCUGCCCACUUAGAUUAACUACACUGAAGAUGGCAAAAAAGAAGGGAGAAAAGAAGGGCAAGUCCGCCAUCACCGAGGUUAUUACCCGGGAGUACACCAUCCAUCUUCAUAAACGGUUGCAUUCGGUAGGCUUCAAGAAGAGGGCGCCACGAGCGAUCACAGAAAUCAAGAAGUUUGCUGAGAAGCAGAUGGGAACACCAGAUGUGCGAGUUGACACCCGGCUUAACAAGUUCAUCUGGUCGAAGGGGGUCAGGAACGUUCCCUACAGGGUACGCGUGCGACUGGCAAGAAAGAGGAACGAGGAUGAAGACUCCAUCCACAAGCUCUUUACGCUGGUCACUUAUGUGGCAACAACAGCCUUCAAAGGACUGCAGACUGUGAACGUGGACAACGAUGACUGAAGCAGUUCAAAACGACCUGUAUAUCUCCUUUAAAUAAAAAAAAAAUUAAAAAGUAACCAAAAUAA